UUCUCUGCGUUUUCCACCAAUCACAUCACUGAAUGUUGGCGUCACUGAUCGCCCGCCCGCCAUUCUCUCACGUCGCCAUCUUGCGCAUAUGAUUAUUGUUGUGGAAGCUUGCUUCUAAAUUUCAAAUUUUGUGAAUUCGUAAGGAAUAUUCAGAUUCAGUAAAAAAUGGCACGUACCAAGCAGACUGCCCGUAAAUCCACUGGAGGAAAGGCUCCCCGUAAGCAGCUGGCCACCAAGGCUGCCCGUAAAUCGGCGCCCAGCACCGGAGGAGUGAAGAAGCCUCACCGUUACCGCCCUGGUACCGUGGCGCUCAGAGAAAUCCGUCGUUACCAGAAGUCCACCGAGUUGCUCAUCCGUAAACUGCCCUUCCAGCGUCUCGUCAGAGAAAUCGCCCAAGACUUCAAGACCGAUCUUCGGUUCCAGUCAGCUGCCAUUGGAGCUCUGCAGGAGGCCAGUGAAGCUUACUUGGUGGGUCUGUUUGAAGACACCAACUUGUGCGCCAUCCACGCCAAGCGCGUGACCAUCAUGCCUAAAGACAUUCAGCUGGCCCGACGAAUCCGUGGCGAGCGCGCUUAAAUAGUUUUAGUUUACAUUAUAUUUAAAGGUUGUUACAUUGUAAUAAUACAUUCAAAGGAAAGGAAAUGUAUUCAUUAGACUAGGUAAUGUUUGAUUAUAACUUAUGAAAAAUCACUACUUUUUUGUAUGGGAAACCAUAUUUUUUUUGUGAUUUUUUAGAUGUAUAGUAAAUGUUGUGUUGUAUGAUGAGCGCAGUGGCCACCCUCUUUCUGUAUUAUUACUUUGGAACAACCCUGUAUCGUAAUUCGAAUAGACAUAAUUCCCAUAACAUUUUUCUAUAACAUCUAACAUUUAUAAUUCACGUUUAUUCUUAACUAUUGUAAUUCUAAGAAGUCAGAACUGAUUUUUCUUUUAUAAAAUACAUUGUAUUGUGUAAGUCUGGUAUUUCUUUGUAUAGGAUACUGUGUCAAAUGUAUUUGGGCUUUUGAUUGUGUUCUUUCUCAUUGUACCGGUCUUCAUACACGAGGCAGUAUCCUGUACAAGACAUAGCAUUAUAAUUUUAGUGACUUGUGUGGUGUAUGUCUAGAUAGUGUAAUAGGCAACAACAACUGCACAUGAGAUGUUGUAAGGUGUAAUGAUGCACUGUAAGGUAUUGUGUAAUGAGAAAUUUGGUGUUAAAUAAAUUUAAUUAGAAUCAA